ACUCAUUACCGGGGAGGUAAUAAUAAAUCGGGAUUAUUUUAAAAAAAGCAGGCUGUAUGAUAGGUAUAUACAUAAUGGAAUAAUGUAUAAUGAUUAAUGCCUGCCUUGUUUUCAUUGCGGUCCUGUCGCCAUAACUGAGCGCUGCCCUGUGGUGCUCUGCUUAACAACGCCUCGUAGCUAGUCUCAAAGCCCCACGGAUCUUUGCAUCUAACAAGUUACCGGUCGGUCUCAAGCUUUGCUUUGUACCGUUAGCGACACCGUUGCCAGCCAAACGACGCGCGAGCGCACACGCGCACAGCGUGAGAUCUGACGUGAUGCUCUUGCCAUCGUCCCAUUCAGCCGGUUAGUGGGAUCCUCCCUUCAGACGGUCGUGCGUCUGCGCUGCUAACGUAGAAAAAAAAAAAGGCAUUUUGUCGGAGCGGUGUUUCAAUUAACAGAAACAAUAAAGAAUAGGUAACGUGACCCGGAUCGGUUUCCUGCGGCAAUGAAAAGAUGGCGAGAGUGCUUCACAACUUGCUAUUAUUGCUAGUCAGACUUGCGCUGAAAAUCAGACUUUUGGGUUAUUGGUCAUUGAUAUACGGGUAUUGUGCUCUCUGCGCCAUCGUAGCCUUGCUGAAACUUUGGUGGAACAUCGUCUUAAGGCCGACAGCCACCUUCCAAUGGAUGAUUCGUGAAAUUCCCCCUGCUUGCCUGAGUGACACGUCCUUGGGAACCCACUGUUACGUUAGGAUCAAGGAGUCUGGCCUAAGGUUUCACUAUGUUGCUGCUGGAGAGCGAGGAAAGCCACUCAUGCUGUUUUUGCACGGUUUCCCCGAGUUCUGGUUCUCCUGGCGCUACCAGCUUCGUGAAUUUAAGAGUGAAUUCCGUGUGGUGGCCAUCGACAUGCGUGGCUAUGGGGAAUCCGACCUGCCGCUCUCCACUGAGAGUUACCGCUUUGAUUACCUGGUCACUGAUGUUAAAGAUAUUGUCGAGUACCUUGGGACCAUAGCAUGGCUGUUUGCUAUCCACUACCCUGAGAUGGUAACAAAACUCAUUGUCCUGAAUUGUCCCCAUCCUUCUGUGUUCACAGAUUAUGCCCUACGUCACCCCAGCCAGCUGCUGAAGUCCAGCCAUUUCUUUUUCUUCCAGUUGCCCCACUUCCCGGAGCUCAUGCUUUCCAUCAAUGAUUUCAAGUCCCUGAAGGCUUUGUUCACCAGCCGCAGCACAGGGAUUGGAAGGAAAGGUCGGUGGCUCACAACAGAGGACCUGGAAGCCUAUUUCUCACUUCCCCUGAGCCACAAUCAAGUCAGAUCUCCAGUGCUGCUGCUGUGGGGAGAGAGGGACGCAUUCUUAGAGCAGGAGAUGGCAGAAGCUUGCCGCCUCUACAUCAAAAAUCAUUUUCGACUGAACAUUAUUUCAGGAGCCAGUCACUGGCUGCAGCAAGACCAGCCUGACAUCGUAAACACCCUCAUUUGGACCUUCCUCAAGGAGGGAGAGGGGCGUAAAAGCUACAGAAACUAAAUCCACAUGGAAGCCUCCUCCAGCACUUUCCCCUCACUUGCCACUCCCGGAAAGCCUUGAAUAUGCCUGUGAUACCAAGCAACAUAGUGAUGAUGCAAUCAUUCUUUAACAUACUGUCUUUCACAUUUCAGCUAUUUUUAAAAAAGGCUAGCAGUUAAGAAAAGAGUCAAAGCACACCUCACUGGAGAGAACACUGAAGAGUAUAUAUGACACAUAUUCAAGAUGUUUUUUGCACAUGACAUCUGCCUUAAAGUUUGUUGGUAACAGCAUUACAAAUAUGUGGCAGAAUUUUUUUUGUGACUUGUAUUGUGUGGUGCCUUUUAACUUUCAAGAUGUUAUAGUGUAAAGAUUUCCAGUAAGACUGGGAAGUGGCAUUGUCAGUUAUACUUGUAUGUUUCACUGGGUUGCUCAGUUCUUCUUUGAGCAGAGCCCUUUAGGAGCCAUAAGCCUCCCACUCCCUUGAUCAGGUAGUGUUAUUGAAAAUAAAUUUCUUUUUUGUAAUUUUUUCCCUACAAGAUUCUUGCUCAUAUGUGGAGAAUAUUGUUAUCAUGAUCUUCCUGUAUUGAAAUGUCAGUGAUGGUUGACUAUUGUAUAAUUUUGUAUUUCUUCCUAAACACUGCAUUUACAAAAUCACUGAGCCAGGUCUACACCUUUUGAUUUUAUAAAUAAACUGAGUAAGUGUCAGACAUCACAGUCUGUUUUCU